CAUACACACAUACAUACAAAGUCGCAGAUUUCAAGGGGGUGAACGCUGUUCCGCCGCGUAGCGGCUGCGUGACGAAUAUCACCGUGCGUAUAUGUAGUCCGUACAUACCUAUGUGAACGAAAAGUAUUCAAUUCAGUUUGCCAAGCGAAGCAAGGUGGAGAAGAAUGGGUGUUACGUUUCUGUCGUUGCUGUGCGUGAUGGUCAUUGAAUGAGAAAUAUAAGGGAAAUAGAUUCACGUUUAAUAAUAUUGUAUUAAAUUAGCGUGUGAAAUAAUUCGUUUGACAAAUUAUAAUAGAAAUGAUGAUGAAUAUUAUUUGAAAAUAACAUUAUCCAUCGUAAAGAAAAGAUAUAAUAUUCAAUUCAGAUACCGGAAUCAUAUAUCUGGCGUUCUUCAACUGUUACAUUUUAACGUGAAACAUUAAUUUAUUUUGUAAAAUUGUUAUCGAAUUCUCUUACCUAUACAUAUAAUAUUACAAGUUCAGCUUCGACUGUUUUCUGUUUUGUUUUGUUACUCUUUUUUCUUUUAAUCUGUCAGAAAAAGCGCUAAGAAGAUCACUUUGCGUUUCUCGUACUUUUCUUUUCUUGUAUCUGCCGUAAAAUCGAGUUAUCAAACCAGUAUUCAAGAUACUUGGCUCUAGCGUAUCUAAAAAAAUUACCAAGUGCAAAGCAACGAAUCUGCAGCUGAGCCGGCAUACGAUGCCCACCCCACUGCAACAGCUUGGACUACCCUACGAUGCCGAAUGCGGAAGCAGCUCGGAAAGUGAGAGUCAUACUCCGAACCAUGCCGCUCACAAUCAGCAUCAUCAUCUGCAGCAACAACGCGAACGGGAGCGGGAGAGAGAAAGAGAGCGCGAACGUGAACGCGAACGCGAACAUCUCCAUCAACUGCAGUCAAUCAGCAGCCUGCUUCUAGAUCUUCCUCCGGUGCCUUCCAGCCCCUAUCUUGCUGCUCAUGCCCGCGACGGAUCUCACGGCUCCUGUCUGCAGGCUCCCAGAGGCUCUCUCUCCGACGGCGACAUGUCGAUCUCUGAUUUAUUCGGCCUUGGAUUACCACGAGGCUCCUUGAUGGGUAGCACCGGCACCGGCACUGGCACCGGCGGCGGCUCCAGCGGAGCAGGGCAAACGGCAAUUGGAUCACCCGGAGGAUAUCGCGCUCAUCAACAAUAUCACAAUACUUCAUCGCUUCGCAACCAGUCUGCGCAACACCUUUACCAGUAUGAAGACGGACAUGGCUGCUGUCCAACUACCCUGUCGCUUGAUAUGCCGAGUUCUCCAACUUCUGUGACCACGCCGAGCAGCCCUAGCACACCUGGCAGUGUUUAUUCCAAUCCCUACACUUACGCAACUGCUGCGAGCAGUGGCGCUAGUACAAAUCCUGUAUCGUCGAACAGUCGUAUGCAGCUACAACAGAUCGGUUCUCCUUCAUCUCCUAUGCACUCACAGUAUUAUGGAAGACCAAUACGUGGUUCACCCUCCUACAGUGACUGUGGAAGUCCUACAUUAGAUUAUACUCCCAUUAUGGGAUGUAGUGGCUCUCGUUCAAAUUCUCCCGCAGAUUCUGAAACUAGCGGUGUAAGCAGUAUGGAUGGAUCACUGUCUGACAUUAUGAAUUGCAUAUCUCUGAACUCUGGCUCCCAGCCCUGUUACCCACAAGCAUUAAGUUCUUUGAUGUCACCUGAACCAGAUCUGUGCUCGAGUAACAGGACAACUGCCUUACAGCGAAUGGCUGCAAAAAAGUAUUUGUCAUCGCCGCAUCAACAGCAACAGCAAUCGGCUCUUAAUAAUCAUUUUUCUCAUAAUCAUAUUCGUAAUCAUCAGUAUAUACAAAAUCAGAACAGAAAUUAUUUGAGCUCACUGUUGAGCUCUGAAAAAAACUGCUGUCCAGUUGGUAACUCACACAUAAUGCCGAUCAGUAGCUCGUCUUCUAAUGCCUUGGAUCAGCAAACAUCGCUUGAUCUGGCUGCAGGAUUUCAUCGCAUCGCUGCUUCGCUUUAUGACGCAACAUGUACCUGGAGUGGUCUGUUACCUCAACGCACUCAGAAACCGCUUGGUUAUUCCUCAAAAGUUUUCCUGGGUGGAGUUCCCUGGGAUAUUACAGAGUCUCUGCUAAUUUCAACUUUCAAACAGUUUGGUCAAAUUCGCGUUGAGUGGCCCGGUAAGGAACCAUCCGUCUCUCAGCCCAAAGGAUAUGUGUACAUCAUAUUUGAGUCUGAGAAGCAAGUCAAAGCUCUACUGGCCUCCUGCACCCACGACUUUACAAAUGGAGGCAGUUGGUAUUAUAAGAUAUCGUCAAAACGUACAAAGGGAAAAGAGGUCCAAGUUAUUCCUUGGGUAUUGAAUGACAGCAACUAUGUAAAGUCCUCUUCUCAAAAAUUGGAUCCACAGAAAACUGUCUUUGUCGGAGCACUUCACGGUAUGUUGACUGCAGAAGGGCUUGCUAAAAUCAUGGACGACCUCUUUGAAGAAGUGAUUUAUGCAGGCAUCGAUACUGAUAAAUACAAAUAUCCAAUUGGAUCUGCUAGAGUGACGUUCAGCAGUUCGCGGUCUUACUUCAAAGCUAUCACCGCUGCCUUUGUAGAAAUAAAAACUGCCAAAUUUACCAAGAAGGUUCAAGUAGAUCCCUAUCUUGAGGAUUCGUUGUGUUCAGGAUGCUCAGUUCAACAGGGACCAUAUUUUUGCCGCGAAUUUGUUUGUUUCAGAUACUUUUGCCGCAGCUGUUGGCAGUGGCAGCACUCUAUGGAGUCGAUGUGGCAUCAUAAACCACGUAUGCGCAGCUCCAAGACCAAUCAAGUUGUAGGACUCACCCCAGGUGUUGGUAUAAAGAUCCCAGGUCUUCGCAAUUCGAGCAGCUCUAAUAUUUAAUAGCAAUCCCGCAACACAUAUUCAGCUCAGCUUCUAUGUUCAAUUUUAUUUACAUAUAUCGUUUCUUCACUUUUUUUCCACUCUAUGGACCAGAGUUAUUUGAACGGACAUAAUUCUGCCGAUUAUUUUCAAAAUGGUGCAAAUUCAGUUUUACUGCAGGGCUGCGGGCAGCUGGUCUGACCAAGUGAAAUGGCAGACACCAGCUGAUUGGCUUGAUGAUUAGUUUGUUGAUAUUAUUGUAAUGUUCAAGCAAUCGAUAUUUGUAACGAGUAACGUUCAAGUUCCUAUGUAUAAUGCCCGAUAAUUAUCGUGCAUUUGUUUGUUGAAACUGAUAAUUUUUAUUUAGUAUGUUUAUUUAGAGACUGGUUCUCUUGUCAACAUUUUAACCGAGAGUAUCGAAAAUACGAUAUUACUAGAUUCUGUCAAAAUGAUGUUACGCCCCUGUUGUUUCAAAUGCGGGCCCUCAAAUGUUUUAGUGACAAUAUUUUUUACAAGAUAGAAUGAUGAUCUCGUGGUAUAACGAACAACUGAUUAUUGUGAUAGUUAAUCAACCUAUUAGCGCAAUUGUUAAUUUCUCAAAUUUUUAUGAAAUCACAAAAAAUGCUGUUACGCGAUAUUAUAAUUGAUUAUUCUUUUAAUGAGACUUACAUUAAUGGACAAGCGCCGUUGUUAAUUGUUCUGCUAUGCACUGAAAUACCAGAGCUAGGUUAAUUGUUGAGAUAUAGGGGCCAGGUACGUAUAUAAAAUAGUAUAAAUAUGCUAUGCUAUUUCUUGUUACCGCCGAGGCCCACAAUAUGUUUUUCUAAUCGCAGUAAUUUAUAAUAUUAUUGCUUUCUGUUAUAGUUUUACAUUAGAUUGUACAGUGUAGGGGUGAGAUAUAGUUACACCCACUGUAGCCAUAAAUUAUGUUGUUAAUUAGAGCCGAAACUGCUUGCCAGUGCUCAUUGGACUGUUUAAUCGUUGACGAAAUGGAAAAGUACACGGUCUACGAUUCUGGAGCGGAUUGUAGUGAAUUGAUUCAGUUUUUAUUUUUUGUUAAAUUGAUAUUAUCCUGCCUUUUUUUUUUUGCAAAGAGAUCUUUCAGCUCAUGUUUCAAAUGUUUUGAUACGAUUUUGUUACCUAAAUGUAUUAAAUUCAUAUUUUGCAGAUAUUUAUUUAUUCCUAAUUUCCAAACUUUAUGACAUCCUUUUCAUAAUGGUGGUGGUUUUCAUGUUUUCUUUUUUUUUUCUUUUCUUUUCUUUUGAUUCUCCUAUCAUCUACAAUGGGUUCCAAUCUAUACCUUGGAUGUCUAGUGAACUACCCUAUACUUGAUUUCAUUUUUCGCUAAUUCCUAUCGACUGCAGUAACAGGCUUGACUGUAUGAUCGUAAGGCAAUCCAAAGAAUCUCUUGGAUGAUUCAAGCAAUAUUUCUACUCAAAGCUUUGCUGAAAGAGGAAAAAAAUUCAUCAAAGCUGUUUGGUGCAGCACAGCUUCAAAGUAACUGUGUUAAAAUCAAUCUCAGCUUUUUCACGUCACACCAUCUUUAUGUGGAGCGUAUGAUGAAUUGUCGAGCGAAUAAAAUAACUCGCAGUGCAACAAAUAUGAUCAGUAUUACGACAUAAGGAAUAUGCUGAUAAUGACUAAUAUGUCAAUCAUACGAGAAGAUUAAUGUUCUGAAGCAAUUCCAGUGACAAAUAAGGAGAUUUCUUGCAAAAGUUUCAGUAACGUUAGCAAAAUGCAGUAUUCGUGAUGACAAGAAUCAUUCAAGUUCAAUUUGAAUCAAUUUGGAAUAUAAAGUAAUAUUGGUGAUUCGUACGAAAAUGUUUUUAAAUUCGAGAUAUAUGUAAGGUGUAUAUAACGGAGACAUGAUUUGUGUUCAACACAUCAAGUGAUUGCAUAGUCAAGUAUACCGAGCGGACAAUUCUGAUUGGAGGGAUGAUUUUUCUUCUAACCAGAUUAAUUCGCUGCUUUUGCUCCAUGUGUUAAAAUUAAACACAGUUAUUGGUUUCCGAUUUUCAACUGAAAUUGGAUAUUGUACACUUGGCAAUAGAAGGAAUUCACAGCUAUUAGAAUGAUAGUUCGAGUAAAAUUUUUAACAAAUUUCCUCUUACUGGAAAUGUCUUAUUUACCAACUUUUAAUGCGCCGUGCCUUUUAAAAUAAUUCGCAUAGGUUUUAUCCCAGUAUUUGUGACACAAAUUAAUUUUCACAGUACUUGAAACGUGCAAUACACAGGGUGAUUAUUUAUUGCUGUUGAAUGAAGACUGUUGAAAAAAAUGUGCAAUAUCGUUUGUCACAUAUUUUGAAAACUUUUAAGUAGGGCCAAGUAUCGUUAUAACAUAAAGAACGAGCUUUCAGAAUUGAAAAGUUGAAUAAGUGCCUGUAUGAUUGGUUCAUUUUUAUUAAUGACAACAAUGAUGAUGAUGAUAUUAAUAAUGAUAAUAACAACAUAUUAAUAGAUAUUCAAUUCCAACAAUAUUAACAACAUUCUGAUAUUAAUAUAUACAGGAUAACAUAUGCAUUAAUAAAUAAUUGUACGAUUACAAUACCAAGCCUUCGAACAACAUCAAAGCUUUAUUCUCAAUAAUACUCUAUAACGCUUUAGCCUUUUCCCGUUAGAUAUAUCCUUGUGGAAGCAUAAUGUGUAAUGCAAACCAAGUCGUUGAAAACAAUAAAAAGUGUUCUUGAUAAGUAA